GGUCGCUUGAAGAUUGCAGACUUUGGGUGGUCUGUACAAUCUAGAAGCAAGAGACAUACAAUGUGUGGAACAUUGGACUAUCUAGCACCGGAAAUGGUGGAGAACAAAGCUCAUGAUUAUGCAGUUGACAAUUGGACCCUGGGGAUUCUUUGCUAUGAGUUUUUAUAUGGCGUGCCUCCAUUUGAGGCCGAGAGACAAACCGACACAUUCAGAAGAAUUAUGAAGGUAGACCUCAGCUUCCCUCCAUCGCCCGAUGUAUCUGCUGACGCUAAGAAUCUCAUUAGCCAGCUUCUCGUGAAGGAUUCUUCGAAAAGGCUUUCUCUUCAAAAGAUCAUGGAGCACCCUUGGAUACUUACGAAUGUCAGAUGACACUAUAAUCCGAGUCUCUUCGCCAAUUUGCAUCGUUUAGUUAAAGCUUUGUCCAGUCAAAGAUAACUCGAAUGUUUGUUGUUUCAACUCUUUUUUCUAUUACAUAUGAGAUGUAAUCAUCUUGAUUUCAAUAGUUUGUAUCAAAUGGAGUGUCAAGAUUUGUUGGUGUGACAUUGAUGUAAACAUGAAAACAAACAAUUCAUGCUGCGUAAGGCUUAUUUAAUGAAGAAAACACGUGCCUUAACA